AUGUCCAACGACAAGGAACCAGGCUAUGUCCUGGGCACUGAGACUGAUGAGACAGACUCUUUCGAUACCAUCACUGCUCUUGUCGCCGCAGACCAUGAACAUGAUAUCAAGCUUCGGACUAUGUCUUGGCAAAAGACGGCCUGUUUGCUUGCCGGUGAGCAGGUCUGUCUGGCCAUUAUGGCACAGUCGUGGUCUCUCUCCGUCCUCGGAUGGGUUCCGGGAAUCAUUACUAUGGUCCUUUGUGGAAUCCUUUUCUGGAUCACCUCCAUCACCAUGCAUAAGUAUAUCAUGAAACAUCCUCAUAUCAUGGAUAUCUGCGAUUUCGGAUACCAUAUAUUCGGACAGAGCAAAACUGCCUAUGCCUUCUCCUCAUUCAUGAUGCUUGCGAACAAUAUUCUUCUUAUCGGAUUUCACGUCUUGACUGGUGCCAAGGUCUUGAACACCCUCUCAGACCACUCUUUGUGCACCGCUGUCUUCUCGAUAAUUGUGACCAUUAUGGGAAUUAUCAUGUCCAUACCCCGGGCCUUGCAACAUGUUAGCCUCAUGUCAAUGUUCUCAUCCGCCUGCAUGGGUAUCGCAAUUCUUCUCUUCCUCAUUUUUGCUGGUAUUGAAAAAGCACCUCUCUAUCGAGACAGCGGCACCUACCUCACAGUCGGGCCGGUGAAAACGUACGCCUUCCCUCUGCCAGACACCACAUGGGUCGCCUGCAUGAACGCAGUAAUGAACAUCACCUUCAUCUGGGUCCCCCAAAUUCUAUUCCCAACCUUCAUCUCAGAGAUGGAAAGACCACAAGAUUUCCCCAAAGCAUUGGCCGUUCUUGCCGCGAUCUCCGCCUUCCUCUUCAUCGUCCCUUCUGUCAUUGGAUUCCACUUCCUGGGCCAAUAUUCCACCGCCCCAGCCUUCGGCAGUUUGGGAGUCGUCUCAUACAAGAAGGCAUCCUUCGGCUUCGUGAUCGUCCCUACCCUGAUCAUCGGCGUGAUCUACGCCAACGUAACUGCAAAAUUCAUCUACACCCGCAUCCUCGGCAAGUCCCGACACUCACACAGCCACACCGUGCUUGGAUGGAGUGUCAUGGGUGAUUUCCUUUCCCUGCUUAGUGCGGCCUUUGAUUCGUUCUUCGGGUUCAUUUACUUCGCCAUUGCAUACUGGCAGCUGAACCGGGGAUCUCUUUUCAGCGGUCCGGGAAGGACUGCACUGACUGUGCUCAAUGUUCUCAUCCUGGCCGUUGGACUCUUCUUGUUGGGUCCUGGGCUGUAUUCAGCUGUUGAGGCGAUCAUUUCUGACUACGCGGGAUCUAUCACGCCUGCCUUUACUUGUGCCAAUAUGGCUAUCUAA